UAAAGUAAACAUUACAGCUAGCUGACCAUGUAGCCUGCAUGGUGGAAUCAAGAUGUGAAAGAGCACUUCGAAACCUCAAGUCAUAGACCUGUGAUGUGAAUGGCAGAUCAGUCAGAUAGUCCGACUGAGGACCAGGUACAGGCAACCAAUGCAAAUGGACAGGAUGGCGAGUCUUCGGACAGCAAGCCAGCUUAUGUUUCACAGACCUCGCUAGACAGGGCCACUAAGGAGAGACUCAUAAAGCAGAAGUCCGUUAGUUUCAGUGCAGAUCCAGACGACAGUAUGAUAAUCACUGGGGCUAGGGACUGUUUGAGUCUUAUGGCGUCAGGAUCAGACUUCAUCAAGAUUAAACCUGGAGCGCGGGAGUUUCAGAGACAAUUCUACUUUGAUCAGGAAACUCUGUCUAUUCACUGGCUCCCUUCUAGAAAGAAAACAUCCAAAAUUCUAGUAGAAGACAUAGUGUCAGUGCAGAUGGGCCAGAAGACGGAGAGUUUCCGGACAGCAAUCAGCGAGUACCCCAGCUCCAGGUGCUUCUCCAUCAUGUUGCGGGAUAACAGCAGUGUGGAUCUGGUGGCCCUGGUCCCAAACGAGGCGUACAUAUGGGUGAAGGGGCUGCGGUGUUUGGUUACUGGUGGAUUAGGUCAGAGAAAUCUCUCAAACGUCGAUGAGGAGGAAAAUCAUGAUGCAAAUGUCGCGGAUGAGGAACACAAGAGUACAGCGGAGGAACUAAGGGACAGGUGGUUAGAAGAGAUCUACUACGCAGCUGAUCUGAACCAUGAUGGUACACUGGAGCACAUUGAGUUCCUGGAACUGUUGGAGUCUCUUAAUAAACAUCUUACUACCCUCCAUGUUGUCAAGAAGUUCAAGGAAUCAGAUUUGUGUUUCGACAAAGGAGGAACUCUAUCUCUGGACCAAUUCAAGUCGUUCUACAAACAGAUAGUCAACAGACCAGAAGUGCACGUUGUCCUUGCCAGAUACGCUACAAAUAACGAUUAUCUAUGUGCUGAGGACUUGCAGCUAUUUCUACAAGCCGAACAAGGGGUGUGGAACAUAACAGUGCAGGAAUGUGACGAUUUGAUACAGAAAUAUGAGCCAACCUCAGAUGGUAAAGCUAAUAACUACAUGACCGUCGACGGGUUCAGUUGUUUUCUGAUGAGUUCAGAUAAUCACUGUUACGAUAUUGGCCAGCUUGACACCUCCCACCCUAUCACUGAUUACUACGUCAAGACUUCCUUCUCGUCGGGUUGCAAGGGGUGGCCAGACGAGCCCGAACUCUCUAAAGCUAACUACAAGGAGGUCCUUAAAAACAACUUCCGCUGUAUCAGACUGGAGGUGUGGGACGGUACGGAGGGACCUGUAGUUUGGCACAAGUUGGAGGAGACCAACAGGUUGUCCUUACAGCGAGUACUGCAGACCAUCAACACCACUGCUUUCGAGGACUCAGAGUUACCUCUGUUCAUUAAUCUGGAGAGUCACUGCUCGCCAACUCAAAACGUUGUAGUCGCCAAACUCUUCAAAGACGUCUUCCAAGACAGAUUGUUCAGUUCCAGCUCCGUACCCACACUUGCUGAUGUCAAACAGAAAGUCCUUAUCAAGGCAAAGUCGCUGUACAAAGAGAUAGGAUCUUCUAAUGGGACCGUUAACUCUGAUGACUCCGAUAACGAGAUUAUUAAUUCCGCUGCUACUCUGAGGAAAAGGAAGAAGAAGAACGGCCCCACUUUGGAUGAUAAUCUGAACAUGCCGACUUUCUUUGCGUCCUACGUCGACGAAAAGGACGGCGCAAGUUGUAACUACGCCGCGCAGCUGCAGGACGCUAAGAUAGACAAUGUGAUCAGAUCCAACUCAGGAGACCUGAUCCGGCACAACAGAGAGAACUUCUCCAUCAUCCAGCCCCAGACCUUCUACAACAACAUCGUGUCUCCGCUAGGACAGUGGCAGUGUGGCUGCCAGUUUGUGUCAGUUUACAACGCGCAACAGGAUUUCACAACCAUGCUCAACCGGUGCAUGUUCAUGCAGCAAGGAGGAAAAGGACUAGCACUAAAACCCGAGAUAUUGAGAAGGGAAUGUUACCACUACUCCUUGGAAACGGAGACCCACAUAGCUGGCAUCCAGCCAAAACAUCUCAACAUUCGGUUGAUAAGUGCACAGCAGCUACCCAAACCAGAGGGGUCCGUCAGCAAGAUAGACACAGUGGACCCGUACAUAGUGGUCAGGAUUAUUGGCAUUCCUCAGGACUCCCACGAGUACCGCACGUACGCUGUCAAGAACGACGGUUUUCACCCUGUCUGGGAAGAAGACGUGUCCUUCUCAAUCCUGAACCCGGAGUGCGCGCUCCUGCACAUUCUCAUGUUGGACGAUGACUUUAUUGGAGACGACUAUAUUGGCCAGGUGCUGGUACCGCUGAAAACAGUUCGACAAGGGUUCCGUCACCUGCCGCUGUGCGCGCGGGACGGCUCUACCCUCGAGCCAGCCUCCGUCUUCGUGCACAUCGACCUCAAGGAUCAGUUGGACAUCAGUAUCAAGAAGGGGAUUGUUAAUGCUAAGAAGAAAGCCAUUGUACCGCCCAAAACUGAGCGGUUGCGAGAAACUGGGCUCCCUAAUAUCGACUCCAAGCUGAAAGAGAGUCAGGCUACACUGGAUGUGUUGACCAACCUUGUCUUAAGGUUCCGGACCUCACUAGUAGAGUUUAAGAUCUCAUCUGGUCUCGACUGUUUCGCUCACGUCAGACACUGUCUUCGUUUGCUGGACCUCCGGCUUCAGACAAACGACUGUUCUCUUUCUAUCAGUGAGGACGAAAGUCGAGGUGUCCCCAAGUUAUCUGUAUCUGGGGUAGUCCAGGUGGCAGCUGUGCAGAAAGCAAUACAAGCUUUUGAUAAUAUGACCGACUCCAUCCACCAAAUGCAGACGGAGGGUGACUCAGCUCUGGAAAAAGUAGCCUCUCUCAUUACAAACUUCGAUAUGUACCGGACUGAAGCGGAUAUUGAAGUUCCGGGUAGACCACGUAAUCAUGACAAGGAACUGAUGGAGUUUGUGGAGGGUAACGCUGGUAAGAAGAUGCAGAAAGCAUUGCAGAACUACAGUCAUAACUUGUGGUUACUGAGGGAAUAUAGGGAGCUGUACAACGACACUCUUCUAGAGAAACAGAGAAUGUUACAACAUAUCUACGCGCAUACCAGUUCCAAGAUUAAACGGGGAAGCUGGAUGUUGAGGAAAGCUGGAGCCCCUGCAGCAAAGCUGCUAAGUAUCUCAGAGAACAGCUCCAGUGGCAGUAUUGGAGAGGAUGAUCCGGCCGAGCCUGAAGUAUUUGAGGGAUCUACAGACGGUAUCCUACGACCCAGCACUAAAGUUCCUACCAAGAGCUCGCUGAAACAGUCCGCCUCCUCUCCAGUUAUAGACUACCCAGCUCUUCUCAACUCUACUGAGCUGGAGGUUGGAGAUAUAUAGGGUGACAUGCCCUUAUAUGGUCAAUUAGUUGGUCACGUGAUACUGUGACAUGCCCUUAUAUGGUCAAUUAGUUGGUCACGUGAUACUGUGACAUGCCCUUAUAUGGUCAAUUAGUUGGUCACGUGAUAUGUCCUUAUUUGGUGAAUUAGUUUUGAGACAGUAAAUGUGAUGAUCAACCUUUGAGGAUAGAAACUGUCGUCGUGUUGAAUCCUUUUUUCAUCUUGACCGUUGUGUCUUAUCUACUGUUAAAACGCACAAUCGCUAGCAGCAUUAAGACAUGUGUUAUUGAAUUCUUCCUGUGGAUUGUAUUUUAACAGUAGAUACGACGGUAGCUGUGGUAGUAUAUAAUGACAGGUAAAUAGUUGUGAACUUCAUUUUCAUAGUAUCAAGAGUAGAUACAGCUAAAGAGAUAAGUUGUGAGUUUGCAACUACAAAGAUAGAGCAGUUCUUACCAUUCAAAUACUUUCAUUCUUUACACACGUAACGUGUUUAUGUGCUUAUAUUAACCCAAAAACUUGGCCUCUGUCAAAAUAUGACCGGUGUAUUGAGGUUUUCUAAAAUUUAUUUUCAUUUCAUAACUGAGCAACCUCCCCCAACGUGAUGCCCAAAUAAGGUAACCUCCGAUCUAUUCUGAAUUAUUUGUUAUUGUAAAGUGUUUUGUUUGUAUGAACUUUCAGAAGCUUCAAAUUUAGUCCUCUCUAAUCUGCUCCUUGUUUAUUUUGGCGUAAGUAGUCGAGUUACUGUGCUAUAAAGUUAACGAGUUUGUGAGUUUGAAAUUUAGUGAGUUAACGAGUUUCUAAUCCUUUACUAAAUUGAUCGCCCAAAGUUUUACAAACUUUUCGAAUUUCGAUCGCAAAUUUAAUUGCUAAUGGCUGUAGAAUGUAGAUAGUUACAAUACUCACGUGAUACAUUUUGGGCGGGCUCUUUAGGAAGGGCUGAUCUUGAGGGAUCCUUUAACUUUAUCUUUUUCCCUUGACGGCUAAUUUUUACCUCUGUUUUUGUCACUCUCGUUAAAUUUACGUAGAUGAGCGUUGUGCUGGGAGGAAGAUUGUAUUAUUGUCUACUUUUCCGGUGAUACGUUUUUGAAGUAAGCCGAUAAGGCAAAGCCGAGGAGGCAAAGAUUUUCAUUUCUCCUGAAUUUUACACUUAUUCAUUCGGAUGUUGUGUAUUUUCAUUGUGUAAUAACUUAUAAUAAUAUGUGACAUCUGCUAUACGAGCUUGGAAUGUAAAUAAUCGAUAUAGUUUUCUGUAAUAGAGUUAUUAUAGCGAA